UGCUUUAGACUGCCGACUUAAAUAAAAAAACUGAUUUAGCAAGAAUUUUAUAUUUUUAUAACUGCUUUGUUGGUUAUUAAAUAGAGAAUAUCAACCUACUCACCACCGUGCACCCCUCAGCGUAGGCUGUUGCCAUGUUCCCACUUUCAUGGGUGUGGUGAUUAGCUUGCUUGGUGAAAAUUUUAGUCAAAUCUGACCCGAGUUGCGUUCGUUUCUGACCCUUUAAACCGAUUAAAUUGUCUCAAAAUUAACACAGAGCCUUUUGGGAUUUCUCUCACAGCUGGGACCAUGGUUGUCGUGUGAAAACGGAUCGGUGUGACUCGUAUUGGAAGGACGAAAAGAGCCAAAAAGCCUGUUUCAGGUGUCAGCUGGUAAAGCACGUGUGGGUGUGUGAGUGAGUGAGUGUGUGAGUGAGUGUGUGAGAGUGAGUGAGUGUGUGUGUGGGUGUGUGUGUGUGUGUGUCUGUGUGUCUGUGUGUGUCUGUUUGUGUGUGUGCGUGUGCACGCGUGUAGGCACGUGUGUUUUCCCAGCCCAGUCAGUAUUUGGAGCAGAGUGUGGCCUGAACACAUCACAGAGGGACAAUGAGCGAGCUGGAACAGUUGCGGCAGGAAGCCGAGCAACUACGCAAUCAGAUCCGGGAUGCCAGGAAAGCCUGCAGUGACUCCACUCUGUCACAGAUCACAGCUGGUCUGGACUCAGUGGGCCGGAUACAGAUGCGGACACGACGCACUCUCAGGGGCCACCUGGCCAAGAUCUAUGCAAUGCACUGGGGAAGUGACUCAAGGUUACUUGUCAGUGCCUCACAAGAUGGAAAGCUAAUCAUUUGGGACAGCUACACAACAAAUAAGAUGCAUGCCAUUCCACUGCGCUCUUCCUGGGUGAUGACGUGCGCCUACGCCCCCUCUGGGAACUAUGUGGCCUGCGGAGGCCUGGACAACAUCUGCUCCAUAUACAGCCUGAAGACCCGCGAAGGCAAUGUGCGCGUCACCCGAGAGCUACCUGGACACACAGGUUAUUUGUCCUGCUGUCGUUUCUUGGAUGACAACCAGAUACUGACCAGCUCUGGAGACACCACUUGUGCAUUGUGGGACAUAGAGACAGGCCAGCAGGCCACCUCCUUCACUGGCCACACAGGCGAUGUGAUGAGUUUGUCUCUGAGCCCUGACUUCAAGACCUUCGUGUCAGGAGCCUGUGAUGCCACCUCCAAGCUGUGGGACAUCCGUGAUGGCAUGUGCAGGCAAUCCUUCACCGGCCACGUGUCCGACAUCAACGCUGUCACCUUUUUCCCCAAUGGGAAUGCCUUUGGCACAGGCUCAGAUGACGCCACCUGCAGGCUGUUUGACCUGCGUGCCGAUCAGGAGCUGAUGAUGUACAGCCAUGACAACAUCAUCUGCGGCAUCACUUCUGUGGCUUUCUCCAAGAGCGGCCGCCUGCUCCUGGCUGGCUACGAUGACUUUAACUGCAACGUGUGGGACACUCUGAAAGGCGAACGUGCAGGUGUGCUAGCGGGCCAUGACAACAGAGUGAGCUGUUUAGGAGUGACAGAAGAUGGCAUGGCGGUGGCCACCGGCUCCUGGGACAGUUUUCUCCGGAUCUGGAACUAAAACAAGCCUCUUCCCUGCCAUACUCAAUCACUGCCCGCCAACUUCCUCCCCACAACCCCCGUCCACCAUAUCCCAACUCAUCUGCUGGGCUCGACCUGAGGGGUGCACACUGUGUCAGCCUAAAUCCUCUUAAUUCACCCCUCCUCUGUCCGCUGGCGACCUGCCCACCUGUGAGAUAGUACCGACUCUUUCUACCUUUCCAAGUGACGUUUUUCUCACCCAGCUAUACACAGCAACACAAAUAAGAACCUUUCAGUAGAGUUGUCCAAUCAAAAAUAAUAUAAGAGUUAUGAAAAACUGAAGGAAAAAAAAUACAAGAUUUCACCCCUCUAGGGGGGCGAUAAAGAGCAUCUGUUACCAUGACUAACAACAAAUGAGAUGACCGUUGGUGUGUAAUAUGUAAAUGUAUAUAUAAAGACCGUAUAUAUGUAUAGCAUUAUGUGUGUAUAUAUGCAUCAUAUAUGCAUAUAUAAUGUGUAUGUAUAUAUUUUUGUAGUUUAUUUCCCACCUUUUUUUUUUAAUAUAAUUUUGGGGUUUUUAUGUUUUAUUUCAAAUGUACAUAUUGACAUUACUUCACAUGCCAGAAACAUUUAUUUUAUCCUGUGUGAGUGUCAAACAAUUUAGACACAGCAAAGUAUCAUAAUUUAGCUUAAAAGUCUCCUUUUUAAUUUUUUCUUUUAAAAUUUCUGGUAUUUGCUGACUCAGUCAAGCUUAAUCACCUGGCAACAAAAAGAGGAUAUCAGUAAGUAAAGCAAACAAAGCAAUUAUUUAAAAAUACAAAUUGGCUAAACUCGCUUUCCUCAUUUAUAUGUGUGUAUUAUGGUUACAGGCAGUGUGCAUAACUCAUGCAUCCUGCACUUCUAAAUGUUGCGUUCAUGUGAAUGAUGCCUGUGAUGGUUUUUUUCUUUUUUGUUUGUUUGUUUUUUAACAACAUGAACCCUAGCAUUCCUCACCACAGUCUUUUGUUUUGGAAGAAAACUGUCACACUGCUGUGAUUGUGAUUAGAGAAAGAGCUUAAAACCAACAAGCCGUGUCUUUUUUAGUAUGAAUUCAGCUUUAGCUCCAAAGUAGCGACCAGUGAAUUUUAGGCUAAGAUAGAGAACUUUUAUUUUAUUGGAGGCCCCGCUUUGGCCUCCACUCAAGUGGAUUGUGAUUUCAAAUCAUCGGAUGUUGAAUAUCUGAAGACCACAGCCAUCACAUGCAAGUCAACAGCUGUGUGAAAUGAUUAUUAACCCAAUAAUGGUCCUAAACAGAGGUUUUGCAUCUGGAUAGUCCUGUCUCCUGUGGCCUAUAGAAUCUACACUUUUCCUUAAAGUUGAAAUGAGCAUCUCAAGUUGCCCAUACAAAUGACACUGAUGGAGAGAAGGGCAUUGUGAAGAGAGACGUAUUCUCCCCGAGCAGAAGCUGCUCUCUGCCUGUGAGCCUGUUACGGCAAUGAGGCCUGUAUGGACAAAUGGGAGAGUGCUCAGUCAUUAUGUGAGGAUAUUAAAGGACCAUAAAGGACAGCAGCGACUCUGUCAGCAGCCUCUGAGGACUAGAGAAAAGAUGAAGAGAGAGAAAGAUGUCUGUCAUGUCAUUUUUCUUUUUCUCUUCUUUUUUUUCUAAAUGAAGGAUCAAUGAGUCCUUUUUUUUGUCAUCUGCAAGGUGUGAACUGAGUGACUGCAUGGGACUGAUAUCAUGUUAGCCACUCCAAAAUCACAUCAGUGCCACCACAAGCCUGUAAAAAAAAAAAAAAAAAAAAAAAAAAAAAAAAGGAAAAAAACAAAUGAAAAA